GAUCAUAUUAUAAAAAAUAGUAACACAUUAAUCAUAUCACCAUAAAAGACCUUAAAUAUGGCACCGCAUUAUGUUUCAAGAGUCACUACCUCCAUUGUUCUUUUGUUAAUUGCCUCUCUCAUCUUGACCCCAAAGUCUUGUUCUUCUAAACCCAUUUCCCAACAAACAUCAUCAGAUGUUGAUCUUCUUGAAUUUCCUCUUAAUUUGGAAUAUUUAGAGGCUGAAUUCUUUUUAUAUGGAUCAUUGGGUCAUGGAUUGGAUGUAGUUGCUCCAAAGUUAGUAGAAGGUGGACCCCCUCCUAUUGGUGCCAAAUUGGCCAAAUUGAGUGCCUCUAUAAGGGAUGUCAUCUAUCAAUUUGGUUUGCAAGAAGUUGGCCAUUUGAGGGCUAUUAAGAGCACAGUAAAAGGAUUCCCUAGGCCUUUGUUAGAUCUAAGCAAAUCAUCAUUUGCCAAGGUGAUGGAUAGUGCCUUUGGUCGACCUUUGGUGCCUCCCUUUGAUCCUUAUGCCAAUGAUAUCAAUUUUCUUCUUGCAUCUUAUGUAAUUCCUUAUGUUGGUCUUACUGGCUAUGUUGGUGCCAAUCCACUCUUGCAAAAUGCUACUUCAAGGAAGCUUGUUGCAGGCCUUUUGGGAGUAGAAUCAGGCCAAGAUGCAGUCAUACGAACAUUGUUGUACGAACGACAUUCAUCAGUGGUGAAACCUUAUGGAGUGAGUGUUGCAGAAUUCACCAAUCACAUUUCAACACUUAGAAAUAAAUUAGGAAAAGAUGGUUUGAAAGAUGAGGGUCUUAUGGUCCCUAUAGGACAAGGUGCUGAGGGUAGAGUCUUAGGAAACAUUCUUGCUGGGGACAAAGACUCGUUGUCAUAUCCAAGAACACCACAAGAAAUAUUGAGGAUUGUGUAUGGAAGUGGUAAUGAAUGUGUCCCUGGUGGCUUCUACCCUGAUGGAGGAAAUGGUCGUAUAGCAAAAUCUUACUUAAAACUUACUUAAUUAUUAAAAUCUAUUUGAUGGUUGUAAUUACGAUGAUUACUUAAUUUGUGUUUUAAAAUGGAGCAUCAAGUGUUUGAUGAUAUGAAUAAGCGGAUUUUGUUGUUUUGUUUGAUCAAUUGAAAUUUGAACUCUAAGUACUAGUUAGUUUUA